AUGUCAUUCAUGAUUGAUUAUAUACUUUCAUCAACAAGAAAAGUUGAAAAUCAUUUACCUUUACAGGUAAUAGAUUACAAUCGUAAACAAAAACAAGGACGCAAUAUACAACAAUGUUCUGAUUGUUUGAAAUCGUUUGAUCGUCCAUCGUUAUUAGCUCGACAUAUGCGUGUUCACACUGGUGAAAAACCGUAUGUAUGUGAUAUAUGUUUCAAAGCAUUUUCAACAUCGUCAUCAUUGAAUACACAUCGUCGAAUACAUUCUGGUGAAAAACCUCAUGUAUGUGAAACAUGUCAAAAAUCUUUUACAGCUUCAUCAAAUCUUUACUAUCAUCGUAUGACACAUAAUAAAGAUAAACCACAUCAAUGUUCACAGUGUAAGAAAAGUUUUUCUACGCCGGGUGAUCUACGUUGUCAUAUGCAUACACACAAUGGUACAUGGCCAUUCCGUUGUACAUAUUGUAAUCAUGGUUUUUCAAAACAGGCAAAUUUUAAACGACAUCUUAUUCUUCAUGAAAAUGAAAAAGAAAAUGCAAUCUUAAGUUAA